AUGUUUUAUCCACAAAGGAUGAUGAGACAAAUCUCUGAAAUCUCCUACGUCGGAGGUUUCAAACUAAUAAGAAUGACAAGUAAUCAAGAAGGAGAGUCUGGUAUAACAAUACCAUUGCAGUACAAUAAUGCUCAUUGGAAAGCUAUAUUUGAAAAAUAUGAUCUCGAUGGGGAUGGAAAAAUCUCGUAUCAGGAAUUAAGAGCUAUGAUACGUAGUUCUACUUAUUCUAAUGAUAUUCCAACCAGGGUUGUCCAUACAAUUAUGCGUAAGGCAGAUCUAGAUGAUUCAGGAUAUUUAGAUUAUCCAGAAUUUAUAGCUAUGAUUCACAGAAAAGAUAUGCAAGGUGUUUUUGGUCACCUUGUACAACGAUACGUACAAUCUAUGGUUCCACAAAGACCUAUUGCCUUCCAAGUAGCACGGUCUAGUGAUAUUCCUGAUGGACAAUAUGAAGAAGAAUAUAGUUGUAAACCUCCAGCAUUAGCAAUGAUAAUUAUAUCCAUAUUAGAAAUUAUUUUAUUUUUAUAUGAUGUGAUUGUACAUAAAUCACCUUCUGUUGAAGGACCAGCUGCUACAUUAUUUAUUUAUAAUCCACAUAAAAGAUACCAAGCAUGGAGGUAUUUAACAUAUAUGUUUGUACAUGUGGGAGUAUUUCAUCUAGUGGUAAACCUACUUGUACAGAUAAUGCUGGGUAUUCCAUUGGAAAUGGUACAUAAAUGGUGGAGAGUAUUAACUAUAUACAUAGCUGGUGUUGUAGCAGGAUCUCUUGGUACCUCUGUAUCAGAUCCUACAGUAUAUUUAGCAGGAGCAUCAGGUGGUGUGUAUGCAUUAAUAACUGCUCAUGUAGCAACUAUUUUAAUGAACUGGUCGCAAAUGGAGUUUGCUGUUUUACAAUUAUUAGUAUUCCUUGUCGUAACGAUUGUUGAUAUCGGUCAAGCAAUAUAUAACCGUUACGUGUUAGAAACCAAUAGUCAAGUUGGGUAUGUGGCUCAUUUUGCUGGUGCCAUUGCAGGCCUACUUGUAGGUAUAAAUGUACUUCGUAAUCUGGAAGUAAAAACAUGGGAGAAAGUUAUAUGGUGGACCAGUAUUAUUACUUACACCAUACUUAUGACUGCUGCCAUUUUAUGGAAUAUUUUAUAUACUUCUUAUUAUGAAUAGUCAUUCUUAUCGACUGUCAUAUAUUUAUUUUUUGUUGCUGCAUUUUCUGAUACAGCUAGAGUUUGUAAUCUUGCUAUUAUAUAAACAAAAAUGAGCAAAACUUCUUUUAUUGAA